CCGAUCGUUUUUUAUCCCGAACCCUUCUCCCAACUCCUCAUCUCAUCGCGGUCUUCUCCAUCCAACUCCUCUCCGGCAAACCCCUCUCUGGUAAACCCCUCUCCACGAACCACUCCUCCGACCUCCUCUCCAUCAAGACCACGGGAUUAAUCUCUUCGCCUCCGUCGCCUCAUUCAAGCUUCCUUCACACUGCCCAGUCUCUUUGACCACACUUUAUUCAAGCGGCAGAUCCCGGAACUGGUCGAGCUCCAGGUCAUCGAAGACCUUGCGACGGCAGCUCAGCCGCGACUCCAGCUCCCGAGCUUAACCCCUUUCCAGUCGAGCGAAGGAGAAAGUAAGGAGUAAGCCUCCUUCGUCCUCUCUCUCUCUCUCUUUCUCUCGGAGUUUAUUCUUCUUUCAGGCGCCUCACCCUUCCUUCGAUUACAAGCGUAAAGGUAAGCGAUCUGCUUUGCUUGUCCAUGGAAGAACGACGAGGUCAUCUCUAGGUUACAUUUUUUUCCCUCUCCCUUGCUUUCUUCUUGAACCUUUUGUGUCGAUUCACGACGAAACAUUUGAUCUCAGUUCUGAAUUAGAAGCUCUAGUAUGUAAAUGGGCAACCUUUUGUCUCUAACUAUUUAGUUUUCAGAAUCCGACAUUUGGGGAUAGAAAUGUUUCGUCUUUUCUCUCUCUCUCUCUAGGGCUACUAGACUGUAGCCUUCUGGAUUAACUUGUGUUUAUCUUGUUAUUAGGUUCUCGGUGGAGUGAUCAUGCUAACUUCAUUCAUUUUUAGGGUUUUGAUGUAAGACACCAAAAAACUUUGUUGCUUUGGACUGGGCGAUGUUUACAGUGAGAAACUGGUGUGUUGAUUAUACUUUACAAACUGAUUUUUGUCUAUGCUUAUCCAUCUUACGAGUGUUACAAGACCCUAGAAUUGAAUAAGCAAGAGAUUGAGCAGUUGCGUUUCUGGUGCCAAUAUUGGAUUCUAUUUGGAUUGUUGAGAGAAUUGGGAGUAUUUGCUGAUAUUCUCUUCUCAUGGUUACCAUUCUAUUAUGGAGCAAAGCUUGGCGCCUUCCUGUAUUUGUGGCAUCCCCGGACAAAAGAACCACUAGCAACGCCAGUGCACUGAGCAACAUGACCCUGGAAGAGUGCCAAAGUUUGUGCUGGACGAACUGUUCUUGCGUGGCAUUUUCUAUGAUCAGAGACAUGUGCCUAUCUUGGCCUGCUGACCUGAUGGAUAUUAGGGUUUUUGCACAAGGCGGCAAUGAUCUAUACGUUCGGCUUGCAGCUUCUGAAUUAGAUUCAAUAAGGAGUUCAGGAAAGCAGAAAUCAUUAGUGAUAAAAGUUUCUGUUCCAGUGCUGAGCUUUCUAUUGUUACUAUGUGUUGGUUCAUUUUUAUGGUUGGAGCGAAGAAGCAAGCUCGUUAAACCAGACAUAGUAGACCCCUCCACUCCCAAAGAAACAGAGCUCGACUUGCCGUUAUAUCGUAUGGUUUCGAUAAGAGCUGCCACAAAUGAAUUUUCAAGAGACAAUAUAGUUGGAAUGGGUGGAUUUGGCUUUAUUUACAAGGGUAAAUUAGCAGAUGGACAAGAGGUUGCUGUGAAAAGAUUGUCCAAAGCUUCUGAACAAGGUACAGAUGAGUUCAAGACUGAGGUUUCGAUCAUUGCCAAACUACAACACCGAAAUCUUGUUCGUCUACUGGGUUACUGCAUCGAGGAUGAGGAAAGAAUCCUGAUCUACGAGUUCAUGACAAAUAAAAGCUUGGACACUUUCAUAUUUGGCCAUGUUCAAUCUGUUCAAAGCUCACAAAGAUCCUAGACAAAAUCCAAUUGCUUAUUCCUGUAAUAGAUUGAGAAAGACAAGCUACUUCUUCAGUAUUGUGGUAGUAAUUACUGUACUGUAUCCAAUUCUCAAGACGAUAAUAAUUUUUGAGUGUAGCUAGUAGAAGUAAACAGAUUGUUGGCUUCGAGGUCGGCUAAUUAGUUUGUGCUCUUUUGUUUUAUAUGUGAAUAUCACUAUCUAUUUUGAAACAGAAUUAGUGUUAAUUUUGAUAUUUACUAGCU